AUGGUACAGACGCUCGUUGUCACGGCCCAAUCAGCAUCAACCACGGUCGUGACAACCUUCGGCGCGGCGCGUGUCCGUUGUGUCGCGGGACUGGCUGCCAGCGCACUUGUCUUGUUGCUUCAUCAGAUACAAGGUGGGAGCAGCUUUGUCCAAGCGUCGUUUAAGCCCAAAUCAGCAAAUGUCUUGUAUUUUCCCGCUUUAGAUCAUGCACACCACCAAUGGCCGGGGGGCCGCCCCCAUGUUGGUCAUCUCUCUGAUCAGACGAGCUCUCCCACUUCUGAAGAGGUUUCUUGGAUCCAGCGGCCUUCCACGCAGGACGAAACUGCUGCGAGCGGGCGCGAACCGGUGGUACGAUCGCCAACGCCUCCGCCCAGCGGUCAACCUUCGACAAAGAGACCAGCUAGUCUGUGGAAGCGAGUGAAACAGGUGGGAACAUUAUUACGUAACAAGUGGGCGAAAAGACGUGAGGCGGCGUCGCGGAAGCAAGGUUCGCCAUUUCGAGAGAAAAUCCGUCUGGCAUGGCACCACGUGAAACGUCUUGCGGGGCGCGGUGUCCCGUAUCUGAUUUCGAAGAUACGAGAUAGACUUCGAGUGUUCUUGCCACGGAGGGAAUCACGUGCCCUAUAUUUCGAUGCGCAAGAAACGGGCGACGCCGCAGUGGCGCACCUCAUUAAACUGGUCUCUGAAGAGAUAGAGACGAUUCAGAGCAUUCCCAGCAAGAACGUGGAUUUCAAAGCUCGCCAAGACGCUGUGUCCAAUACAUGGUGGCCCCCCAACUCUGAGUUGCAGCUUGUCUCACAUUGGACUGGUGCCACAAGGACGCUUUUGAGGGGUCGACAGCUCGGUACAGGAGGAUGGGCUGUUGUGUACUCGGCGACUGAUACUGAGACUGGAGAAGAAUUUGCGGUUAAGGUUAUUGCAAUAUCGGGUGGUUCUCCGGCAGAUGAUGAGUCAGUUGAGGCUGAAUCGCAGAUCUACAUGAAGUUCAGGAGUAUCGGAACUCCGCAGGAGGCUCAAGAGCGCUUGAGAUUUAUGGUCGCCAAUGACCUUAUGGCUGCAGCGGGGCCGCCGUUUAAGACAGUACUACAAAAUGGGAGCUUGUAUACGGUGUCGAACCAAUUUAUUCUUUUUCCGAAAGCUGCGCUUGAUCUCGUAAGCCUUUUGAAAGCGCUGCAUUUGAAUAGUGACGUCAGCUUAGGCCCGCACGCUCGCGCGGCUCGACUCCAGCUGACGGCCCAUGCCAUCAAGUUCGCAGCAAUCCUUCAGACGCAGCAACUUGUGCAUGGCGAUAUAAAGCCCCCAAAUAUACUCAUCAUGAACAGUGGGCGUGCAAUGCUGAGUGAUUUUACGAGCGUUAGCCGGAGAGGUACAGUCGAUCUGAUUUAUGGCACGGAUGCCUACUUCCCGCCCGAAUACACCCCUGGCCAAGUUGAGGGAAAAUACACUUAUGCGCUUGACUCCUGGCAGAUAGGGAUACUAAUUUUCCAAAUCUGGUGCUUGUUUCCACCGGAGCACCUGCAAACAAAGAGACGCGCCAUCAUGCCGCUAGCGCCUUCCGACACCGGGGCGCCACCGCUCGAGGAGCGCCCACUAGACUUUAGUGCCUGCCAAUCACCUGUGCCUGAACCUGUUCAAUCACUCGUCUCACGACUAUUAACUUUUUCCCCUUCGCAACGGCUACGAUCCCUCGAGGCUAUGCAUUCUCCAGAAUUCCAAGAAAUUGAAGACGAGCUGUCACGAACGGUAUCCGCCUAUCGGCAGUCGGACCAAGUUCCUGCCACCACUUCACCACACGAUCCUUCGGGUCAAGCUUCUGCUGCCUCACCGGACGACAGCGAUACAACAUUGGGUUCGGAGAUUCCUGGGCCGAAGUACGGACCUUAA